AACGCAGGCCGACAGUGGAUGUAAUCAACGCGAGGAUUUUUCGUUCGUUGUGCGUCUCGUUUAAUGUAGGCCCUCCACUUGUUGUGUUUGUACCGUUUGGUUCCACCGUUCUUGGGAUUGUGUUUUCAGCGAGCGGAUCAUUUAAACUGAGUUGGCAGCACAGUGCAGCAACUUCAUGUGUCGUGUGAACUCGAACGUGUUUUGAAGCGCGGCCCUCGUGAACCCAACUUGACAAGAGGAUUAUUACGACCAAUCUGAACGCCAAUGACUGGGUUGUUUUGGCUUCGACCGUAGCCGGGUGCUCCGGCGAAGGAUUUGGCAAAUGGUUGUGCGUUGGGCUUGAGACGAAGUUUUCAAGACGAAGUUUGUUGACGUCGUCGCCGUUUACGAGCGUCAGUUGUGUGGAUCUCCGCGUCUCCCGACGAAGUCGGGGUGUAAAGUUAGGGGAGUAGUCAUCAUGCCCUGGAUUCUGCUUUUCUUCGUGCUGGCGAUAAUUGAAGCACUACCGGUGGAUGUGUCAUGUGUACGGCUAGCGGAUAUUUACUGGAACGCCACGAAUCCAAUCUUCCGGAUAGAUAACACGGAUCACAUAAUCGAUGUCAACAAAGGCAACAUCCCUUUCGAGUAUGACCAGGUCAACAUCAUCUGUCCCGUCUACCAGACAGGAACUCGAGAGGAGGACGUGGAACAGUACAUCAUCUAUAACGUGUCAAAGGAAGAGUACGAUUCGUGCCGCAUCACGAACCCGCAUCCGCGGAUCAUCGCCGUCUGUGAUAAACCCCACCAGUUAAUGUACUUCACCAUAACGUUUCGCUCUUUCACGCCGCAGCCAGGGGGCCUGGAAUUUCGGCCGGGUCAGGACUACUACUUCAUCUCGACCUCUACGGGAGACAUGGAUGGGCUCCACCAGCGUAUCGGAGGCCGCUGCGCAACGCACAACAUGAAGGUCAUCUUCAAGGUGUGCUGCGACCCGAGCAAGUCAGCAACUGCUCGCCCUCGCCUGAGCAGCAGCAGCUCGGCAACUCCAGUGCCAGGCCACCGACGCCAGUGGGGGGGACUUCCGGAACAGAACACGACCCGUGUGGUUCCGACUCCAGCGCGACCCGCGACGACCACCCCCCAUCGCUGGCUGGGGCCCCUCUUCCCGACCCCGCCGCCACCGCAGCUCCAGCCCAGGGGACCUGUGCGAAAAACGUACGAUGUGGCUGUUGCUGAUGGAAAGAAACCUUCAAAGAAAUCGGACGACCGCGACAAGCUGCCAAACGAGACACGAGCCAAGAAUGAAGAGCUGGUGAACAGCCAAACGUGCCUAGCUGCACGAGCACCAACGUGGCUGACGUUCCUGGCCACGACGCUAGGCGCCCUCUGGUAUCGCCGCACUGUACUACUCCAGCCCACAAGAUGAAACAGAGCUGAGCAGAUGCGAUAGAAGUUCAACACGAGCUUUUUUUCUGCUGCAGAUAAACUGUGUCUUGGCUCCACAAUGCAGCAGAGCGAAGCAGACGGCAGUUUAGGUGUGAACACAUUAUUUAAGGGAGAAAGUCGAGAAAUUGUCAACAUCGGCAGGAGCGUUGUUGCCACCGAAGACUAUUUUAGCCUUGUCUCGGCACGUCGGUUAAGCGGACACGGACAGUGGUGUGUGUGUGUGUUUGUUAGUCUCACGUCCGCUGACAACAGACUCGUGGCGCAGUUAGCCACCUGUGGUCGUCAACAUCAUCUGGUCAAUCAUCGUCUCUGUGUUGAAGCCACGGUGGAUAUGAGGGGACACACCCGGACACGCUUUUCUUGUGUUUUCUUUUUUUUUUUUCGCCCAAGGGACAACUGGUUUGGGCGUUACUCUGCAUUUGUAAACUGGAAAUGGUCAACCAUACAUGCCAUAUUUGUUCAGGUUGUAAUGCCUUGUAUCCAAGAAGAGGCUCUUUGUACAUUGGCGUUGCACCUUUUGUAUGAGGUUUCAUUCGGUCUGAGCCGCUGAAGUGUUGUGGUGUACAGCUGUACUUCACUAAAUUGAGACUGAUGAUGUCACUGCACGAAAAAAAAAAAUUGCCUUGUUAUAAUUGAGUUUUUUUGGGAGUGCGAUCUUUGUGCAACUUAGCUUUGUUUUCAAGCCGGACAACUGCGUGCGUACUUGAGCAUAAACGUAUGUCGUUGCGAGUGGAGCAAUUGGAGCAAUGUGUCGUGAGAGAGGAAUAUUCACUGUAUAGUAACAGAACAACUGCACAACCUUUCCCCUUUGUAAACAGCACUUCACAUAUAGUAAUUUUAUGGGCAUGAAAGGCAUCUGGACGACUGAGAGAGUGAACGGAUCUUCAUGGCAGGACGUUGUUACUUUCCUGAAUUUUCAGCCAGUAAGGCAAUACACACACACACAUUCAUUGGGAUGAACAAGCCUUGUUUUGAAUCCACCAACAAAAGUCCCGUAAGGAGGUAUAUUGCCAAGACCGAUGGCAAAAAUAUUUUUCAUUCACAACAACCUGUAGAUGAGCAGCAUCCAUUCUGUUGUUCAUGCCGUACUACACAACAGUAAAUUGCGCUGGAAAUUGGAGAUUUACAACGUCCUGCUUAUGUCGGGAUGUCUCGGUGACAGCGAAGCAGAAUCGCGUAAUUAUUCACUUAAAUUAUCGUCACAGCAUAACAAUGCUUAUUCAACCUUGCUGGUGCGAAAUUAUCUUUUAACCACCAAAACAGGCUUCACGGAAUUAUAUCAAAAUUUUGGAAUCUGGUGAAAGCUAGGUGCAUAUAAGUUCGUAAUGUCCUUCACAAACAAGGCAGCCCUACGCGCAUUUAAAAGAAGUCUAUUGACAUAGUGUCUCAGAGCACAAAUGUGACGCACGUGUGUAGGCUACUAAGUUUCCCAUGGGUGCUCUCCCCGUGAUGCUCUCACGCAGGAGUGUUUCAUCGGGAACACCCCCUUGUGUUUACAGCACCUGAAGAUCAUGUGCACUUGUGAUAAUAGGAGUUAGAGCAGCUGUUAUCUAUAUUUCGCGUCUUCAUACAAAUGCAGAUACACUGUCGUGGACCACUCCUACCCGUGCCAAAAUAACGCGCGAAGCAAAAAAAAAAAUGCCAUUCAAAUUAUCACAGCUGGGAUGAUUGUGUGUGUGCCUGUAUGUUGUGUUUGUACAAGUGCCUUAAUGUCUUAGCUAGGUCAUAGCCUUGCAAUGGAAAAAACAACGGAGGAAAGAACGUAACGUAGCUUCCCAGAGGGUUAACCGUGGCGUUCUCACAAUUUUUUUUUUUUUACUUGGUUGCUCAAUGUUGCACGUAUGUUUCAAUAUCCGUAGGAGUAUGCUUUCUUGGCUUGUAGUCAGGCGUCGCAGUCUCUAUAGCUUUAGUUUCUGGAGAAACCACUCUUAUCCUUCUGGAGUUUCGUACAUUGAACAGCAAGUUUGAUGAGUGAAGAAAAUGAGCUUAAAGAUGUGUUCUGUCUCUGUUACAAUGCAGCAACAUCUUUGCCCUUAAUGCUGCUCUGUCUCCGCACUGAGAAAAUUUACGUUAAUUGAAAGUAACGCAUCGAGUCAACCAUUCUCUGUGGUGCCAGACUAACUUUUCGUCCAAUUUCUUGAACGUUUUUCUGUUCCUGAAAUUGUGUAUCGGAAAUGUAUCUUUCAAUCGAAUCAUAUUGUGUUAGCACGCAGCACAUUCUGUGCUUGGAGCCAUUUUUAUAAAAGUCCUUAAAAUGUUGCCUACACUUGUUUUUAGAUCCCGCUCGCACAAACAUUAGGGGAAAUCUUCAGUGCUCUCCUCAGUAGCUUUGCCAGUACCUUACGAACAAGUUGCACUGAGGACAUUAUAGCGUCUAACUGAAGCAUUACAAAAGCUACUGAGGACACCGCUGAGGAAUGUCCUCAACAUUUGUGCCAGCGGACCCAGGUGUUCGAGUGCAUUUAUGAACAUUGAUUCAGCAUUCUCUGUGCAAGUUGAUGACAGUAUGUGUUUGGUUUGUAUGUGCAAGGCAUUUACUGAAAGUGGAGAUAACAGUUACUGUUCGUCCUGAUUCAAAAUUUACUACUUAUGAAUGGGCAAAGAGAAGUCAGACUCCACCAGACACAAUGGUGUCAAUUUUACUGUGCCAGUGUCUCCAAUGCAAUUACCGAUGUCAUAAAGAUUUAGGUUGUGGUUU